UUGGCACCUUAACUCCCGUAGAUUGUUGUUGGACAGACAUUCACUGAAAACUCUGGAGUUUACAAUCAGUAAAGACCAGUGUCGGGUGGAGUAACUGAACGGCAGGUUCACACCUCAGAUUCAAGAGAAUAGGUGAGUGGUUCCACAACACCUUCGUGGCCCCAUUGACCCAGACGCCAAACAGACGCCUGUUUCACACAGCGCUGACACAUUAUGUGGGAGUGUGACUGAGGAUCUGAGAUGCUGCACAGACCCACUCUGAGCGUCCUCCUGCAGGGCCUGAUUCUGAUCAGGUUCAGCCCGACCGGCGAUGCCUCUUCUCUGGGGAUGACGGUCCACGUUGUGCCUCUGAACAGCAAUAAAGGAAACACAGUUCGGGCUCAUUUCAGUGCCAUCUCUCCUGGUUCUUGUACAUCAUUGUCUGGACUCUGUGCAAACGGCGAGGACUGUCUGAUCCACAAACCCCUAAUUCCUUUCAAAGGAAGUAAACCUGGCUCUGGCUGGUGUGUUCAUCAGUGGCAGAAAACAGUACCGGCUGAUUACAGUGGCACAAUCCAGCUGGGGUCCAACACAGAUUUUUAUGUAAAAUUAAAAGCAGCACCGGUGAUUCGAGGCCACAGCGGGAGACUCAACCAACCGGCCUACGCUGCUCUCCCUCCUCCACUCAGAGCCCGGGUGAACUGCCCCCACCACUUCCCCCUGUCGGUUAAAGACAUGGACAGGGACAGGGUCCGAUGUCGCUUUGCCAGAGCUGAACUGGGAGAGUGCGUUGACUGUGAUCGACACACAUUUAUAGAACUGGACAAGGACAAAUGUAUGUUGACGUUUACUGGAAACGCUGCAGCAGGGCAGUAUUUCAUCUUCCUCAUGGUGGAGGACGUCGUUCCUGUGCCCAGAAUAAGCCAAGUUACGAUCAACACACCCCUCAGUGCCGUCCCUGUUCACCUGUCACUCACUGUGGAGGAGCGGUCGACUACCACCUGCACUGAUGAACCUGUGGCUGCAGGCGAAACCCCCGAAGAGCACAAAACCCUGUACGUCUUGCCGUUCCAGGAGGUGAAAUUCAUCAUUUAUUAUGAGUCACAGUUGCAGAGUGUUUCGGAGGUAGCUGUUAUCGGGCCCCCUAACCUUUUCAGAGUUGGCUUCACAUCAGUUGGGCCCCUGGCAACCAUAAAGAUCGGCUGGGUCCGCUCUGAAAAUAAACUGGCCCGUCUUCUGCCCGUCUGCUUUGUGGCAAAUACCAAUAAUUUGCAGUCAGAGCCCAGAUGUGUGUGGUUGUACCAAAGGGAAAUGGUGUCACUUCCUACUGGGACAGAGCUGACAUGUGGAAAGACGCAGAUGACUCUGGUUCUACCCAUCGGGUCUUUGACUAACAUCAACGUGGCUGAACUGCAGCUCAACAGCCCCACUUGUCCGGUUACCUACAACAAAACACACCUGACGGCAACCAUCCCCCUGAACGGCUGUGGCACUAAGGCUGUGCACUCCGAGUCAGAGCUGAUUUACACCAACACCUUGCACACUGUGCGUACCUACACCAGGGUGAUCCGCCGGAUGCCCACCCUCGUCCUACCUCUGGCCUGUCGGAUUCGUGGCGUCAAUGUCACAGGACCAAAUUACAAAAUUGGAAUGCCCACAGAGAGGCAGACCUUUGGUGAAUUUGAUUUCAGGAUAGAAUUUUACUUGCCAGGAGAAGGACCCCUGCAAAAUUUUACGCGCGUUCCCAGGUUUCGCAAUAUCGGCAUACAUCCUAAUCGAGUGCGUCGAGAAGCAGCAUCCUCCAACGAAACCACCUCUAACAGUAGCUCUACCAGUGCAGCCAUCGGAUCCAGGAUCAGCCAGUUGGACCUCCAUCUGAUGUCCAACUGCUCCGUGGCUCGAGCUGAGAUCUUAGUGAGCAGUUGCAUAGAAUCUGAGACCGCAGACUUUGCUGUAUACCAAACAAUUCUGCAGCAAGGGUGUGCAUCCAACAAUGACACCUUAGAGAUUGUUACAACAACCCCCACCUUCAAAGUCUACCGCCUUAAUCUGACUGAUCUGGACACCCAUGGAUCAAAAAUGAUGUACGUCCGGUGUACAGUCUACCUGUGCAUUGCUACUAUGCCAUCUCAGAGAUGCCCUGAGCUGUGUUCUCGUGCAGUCGGUCAGAGAACAGCAAUGGUCUCCAGUGUGUUCAGCAAAGGCUACACCAUCACAUCAGGACCCGUCAGCCUUGUGGUCACCACUCCUGCACCAACCACUAAAACUACUACUACUGCAACUACAGCAACUACAGCUGUGACUACAGACAUCACAACAACACACACCACCAGCUCACAUGCUCCAGAAAAAGCCUCAUCUGUGGCUGUGGGAGUAACUGUGGUGACCAUCUGCAUAUUUCUGCAAAACAUCUUCUUUCCCUGAAAAAAUUUGAAGAUAAAAUGGAAAUACAUGCAUCUCACUAGUUAUUUCACUGUCAGUUUUCAGUUGUAUUUAGUUUUAUUUACUAUCACAUAUGAAAAAAUACUAAAAUAAUGUAUUUUUUAUCAUGAUAAUGUGUCACUAUUAUGUAUCUGUAUCAUAUGGGAAGUAAAUAAUCAAUUUAAUGUCAUUUAGAUAAGGAUGAUAAGAAAAUGUCUAAUGUCAUAUCCACGUAUCCAUGAAUAAAUAUUAAAUGACAUAUGUGGGACUAUAAAAGCAUAUUGCUGAUUUUUCCUUGCAACACACCUCAACUCUCUUUCUGUUGACAGUAACACUGAAGCAAGAAAUCUGGGUGUAAUUAUCAAUAGUGAUCUAAAAGUCAAACGUCACAUCAACCACAUUACAAUAGUAUCAUUCUAUCAUCUCAAAAACAUUUCCAGAGUAAAGGGCUUUCUGUCAAAAUCAGACUCUGAAAAACUAAUCCAUGCAUUCAUAAACAAGCAGACUAGAUUACUAUAAUGGUUUAUUCACUGGACUCCCAAAGUCAAGUAUUCACAGGUUACAACUCAUUCAAAAUGCAGCUGCACGUAUUCUCACUGGUACCGAGAAAUAUCAACACAUCACACCUUCUUAAAUCCCUGCACUGGCCACUCGUUAAAACAAGAAUCAGAUCACAAUUUCAAAAUCCUGCUCCUGGUUUACAGAGCAAUGCACGGCCUUGCACCUCAGUACAUCACAGAUAUACUCCUCACUUACACCCCAGCAAGAACACUUCAGUCAGCAGGCAGUGGCAACUUACUCAUCCUUCACACCAGAUCCAAGAAAGGGGAGGCAGCUUUUAGUGUAUAUGCUCCACAAAAAUGGAACACCCUGCCUGAUACAAUUAGACUUGCCACAUCAGUAGCCAUUUUUAAAAACAGGUUAAAAACAUACCUGUUUUCAACAGCAUUCUGUUGAGUUGUGUGUGUGCAUGUGUGGUUGUGUGG